CUUUCCCCGGAACUGCAGCCCCGCGAGGCGGGUGGGCCGAGGGAGCGGCCGGCCGGGGUCGCCCCGUUCGUUCGUUCGUUCGUUCGAAGCCUUCGUGGAGCCGCCCGCCUUGAAACCGGGCUCCGGGCGGCGUCACCCCGAGCGGAGAGCCGCGCCUGCCUCCGUGAGGGAAGCCACGAACCCGGGAAGCGGGCGCUGCUGUCCGCGUCCCAAGGCCCGGGGAAGGGCCGGCCUUGGGGCUCCCCGGGAGGGAGCGGAAGGGUCUCGUGCCAAGAUGCUGGCUGUGCGUGGCGCUCUGGUCUGCCCAAGGCCUCUGUGUUGGUCUGUGUGCUCGGGAUUCCAGGCCUGGGUUUCGACCUGCAAUCCGGCUCCUGGGACUCCCCCAAGGAAAGCAAGACACGAGGGAAGCCUCGAAGGUUUCCGCUCCAAGCUAGCAGCGGGCCCAUCUCUGCAGCAUUUCCUUCAAGCGGCUGCUCCUGCACAGGAUGCCCACCGCCUGCUGGCUGAAGACUUGGAAGACCCAGCACCUUAUCUUGAACCCAUCAGCCUGGCAGAUUCCCCAAAGAAAGUCUACCUGGAGACCUACGGCUGCCAGAUGAAUGUCAGUGACACGGAGACAGCCUGGGCCAUCCUUCAGCGGAGCGGCUACCAGAGGACUAGCAGCCUUGCGGAGGCUGACGUGGUUCUGCUUGUCACGUGUUCCAUCAGGGAGAAGGCCGAGCAGACUGUCUGGAAUCGCCUGCACACAUUCACGGCUCUCAAGGCCAAGCGGCAACGCGCGCAAAGGCCUCUGCGGAUUGGGAUUUUAGGCUGUAUGGCCGAGAGGCUGAAGGAGAAAAUUUUGGACCAGGAGAAGCUAGUAGAUAUUGUAGCCGGCCCAGAUGCUUACCGUGACCUGCCCCGGCUCUUGGCUGUGGCUGAAUCCGGCCAGCAGGCUGCCAACGUCCUGCUCUCUCUGGAUGAGACUUACGCAGACAUUUUGCCAGUCCACCUGAACCCUGGCGCGACCACAGCCUUUGUGUCCAUCAUGCGCGGCUGUGACAACAUGUGCAGCUACUGCAUUGUCCCCUUCACCCGCGGGCGCGAACGGAGCCGGCCCUUAGCCUCAAUUCUCCAGGAGGUGCAGAUGCUCUCGGACCAGGGUGUGAAGGAGGUGACCCUCUUGGGCCAGAACGUCAACAGCUACCGGGACAUGUCCGAGGUCCAGUUCCUCUCCAUGGCAUCCCCGCAGCUCAGCCGGGGCUUCCGCACCAUCUACAAAGCGAAGCAGGGGGGGUUGCGCUUUGCAGAACUGCUGGACCAAGUGGCUGCCGUUGAUCCAGAGAUGAGGAUCCGCUUCACUUCCCCUCACCCCAAAGACUUCCCAGACGAGGUCUUCGAGGUCAUGCGGGAGAGGCACAAUAUCUGCAAACAGGUGCACCUUCCUGCCCAGAGCGGCAGCUCCCGUGUCCUGGAGGCCAUGAAGAGAGGGUGAGACAUGCACGUGUGUCUGGGAUGUUAAGCACCUUGAAAGUGUCUGGCCCCUCCCCACGUGGCAUUCCCCUUUGGCAGCACAGUCUGAAAGCACAGGUUGGGAAAAGUGGCCUAGAUUCUGGGCUGCAAGCACAAAGCAGAACACACUUCUCUUCUAAGCACAUGCAUCUAUCCCAGUAGAAGAGAAUCUCUCUAGCUCAGAGUUGAACUGUGGAGUCCUUGGUGCUCUCUGAGCUUGGUUGUUUGAUU